AUGGGUAUCUUCACAAAGCAAACCGUCAUCUCAAAUCAAAUCGAUACCAUCACCGCCUUGCAGACUAUUACUCAAUGGGACGUGAUUGCCACCCUCUGUGAAACUGUCAAUGCCAAGGACGAUGGAGCAAAGGAAGCAGCCAAAGCCCUGCGCAAAAAAUUGCGUGUGGGACGACCUCAGCAACAGAUGAAUGCCAUUACUUUGAUUCAGGCAUUGGUUGACGGCUGUGGUUCAAAGUUCAAAGCCCAAUUGGCUACCGCCAAGUUCGCGGAUGAUAUCGAGGCUGUGGUCGUCGCAGAUGCCACGGAUGCCAAUGUCAAGAUUCGCCUCAUGGAGAGUCUGGAGGGAUGGGCUAACACGUUCGUCACGGAUCCAGGACUUGCUGUCAUCCCUCAGCUCUACAACUCACUCAUCAAAAACAACACACCAAGACAGUCUGGACACCAACGAGCUAACCCUCCUUCACCACUUCGAGCCCCCAUCACCCCUGAACAGCAAAUGAGACAAAUGGCGCAGGAUAUCGAGCUGGCAAGGAAUAACGCUCACAUGUUGAUUGAGGCGGUCUCCUUUGCCGACCCAGAGUUGGAGGCGAUUGAGGAGAAUGAGCUGAUCAAGGAAUUCCACUCCAAGUGCACGAGCCUUCAGCGCACCAUCCAACAAUACCUUUCAGAGAUCACAGAGUCUGCCAACCCUAACGAGCAAUGGCUGACAUCUCUGUUGGCAUGCAAUCAGGAAUUGGUGCAGUCAUUCACGGCGUACAACCAGAUGAUGGAGCGUCAACAUUUGAACAAGGCAACCAAGGCAUCAGAGACAACAGACUCUGUUCAGAACCGCAACGGCAACGGAUUGCCUCAUGGCCAACAUGUUCCUACUGACGAUUUGCUGUCGUUUGGAGACACUGUUGGAUCGGGCGGAGAUGGUGCAGGUGUUGGCAAUGGUCGUGCCUACAGCAACGGUCAUGGUGCCUCAAAUGGCAAGAGCGCAGUCCACAAUGUCCCUGUAUCACAAAACACGUCACAGGAUCCUUUUGGAGAUGAACCCUAUUACGUUGGACCACAGUCCGAUGUCUCAACAGCUGUGAAGAAUGGGUACUUUUUUUUUUUUUGA